AUGAGGCUUCUGAAAAGAGUUGGUGAAUUGCUCGAUACCGCUGAUGAGAAAGCAACGGAAGCAGAUCUGCAGACGCUCACGAGGCAUGUGGGAGAUGCUCUUGGAAGCAAGGCCAACGAGGCGAGCGGAAUAAAGUUGGAUCUGGGUAUUGUGGAGGGCUUGUCCGACCUGAAGAACCAAUUGCAGGAAGGCUUGGGUUCUGACCUGAAGGAUCUUGGUGAGAAGGAGGGCAGAGGUGACGCGUGUGUAGAUGCACACAGGCUGGCAGCCUUGAAGGAGCGUGUGGAAGAGUUGUAUGCGAAGGAGGCCGAGAGAGCAGAGCAACGCGAAAGGCUUCAGGCAAAUUUGCUGGAGGUUGAGUCUUCCAUCCAGCAAAUGCAGACGUCUACUGCAGAGGCGGCCUCCAACCCACUUCGACAGCCAGUCAACUUCCAGGAGCUACUGCGAGAAUUCCGCGAGCGCGAGGCGCAGUCGUUGCAGCAUCAGGCAGCUCUUGCAGACGCAAAUGCGCAGGUUGCGGCAACCAACGAGCACCUGUUACAGCAGCUGCACUUCUGGAAGUCGAAGGCAAGCAUGAAGCUUGCGUCACUUGGCCUGGAGUCCGUGCCCAAGGAAGUGGAACAGGCAAUUGGUGAGCUGAAAGGGAGAGCCCCUCCAGCUGACAAGGUUAAGCCGUUCCCAACUGGCAGUCCAGCAGCAGGAACGCCAAAGGAACAUGCUGAUGAGAAACGUGCGAUUCAGGACUUGGAAGCCAUGCUUGCUGAGCUGAUGCGGAGCUCGGAAGACAUCAUGGGCCGUGUCGAGCAGCAGCGGCACCAAGAGCGAGAUCUGAUCUCACAACUUGCCUCUGCACAGGAGAUCGCAGCCCAGGAAGCCAAAGCAUUCUCUGACACCCAGCGCAAGCUGGAGGUUGUGCGCGCGAAGGCACAAGAAAUCGCCCAUCCAGCUGCAGUGAGGCCACUUCCCAGCAGAGUGGAUGAAGUGGUCAAGUUGAGAGCGGAGGUGGAGACUUUGCGUGCUCGCUUGGAGUCAAGUACGCAGGAGCGCUCGCGACUGGAGGCUCAGCUUGGCAAGAAUCGUGCUGCAGCUGCAGCCGACCUGGAACGAGCCGUACCGUCUUCUGCCAUGAGUUGCUGGACGUGGCUGGAUGUGCCCCUCAUGAGGCUGGUAACGCUCUUGGUGAAGUCGACUUGCUUGCGAAGAUCUUUCGCGCUGCACCUGCUGGCCACGUACUCAUGGUUGUUCUUCCUGGUCUUCUGGCUGGAGAAGCACCCAUAA